AAGAGUCCCUGAUCGCAGUGUUCGCGACACGCAGUUGUGUACGAAGACCCCUUCUGUGUGUAUUGUUGUUUCCUGCCAGCCUCACGUUCAUUCUUUCACUUCUAUCCAUCUCUCCCUACUAUCUCGCUCGUGAGCUUGGCAGUUGUGGGAUUCUCUCAAAGUUUGUUCCGCAAGUUUACGUGGGAAGUACUCAUUGCUGGUUGUGAUCGGUUUAAGAUCCUCUGUGCGCACGUAAAGGUGACGCUGCUCAAAAAGGUUCGCAAUUUUUCCGGUUGAUUGUCUCCCCUUCGCGAAAACGUCGAGGCUUCUGUGACGUUUUCGGUGUGCAAGUCGACUUUGUGAUUGACUUCAAUUUGGUGCUCUACCUCCUACUUGAAAACUACGAUGUGUACUUUUUACACUUCUUUCGCACUCCUGCCGACCACGGAUUUCCAGCCGUCGGUGAUGCGUUCCGCACAGUGCAUUCUGUUGCCACAUUGCAAGCAUGUCGAGCGAACUGGUGCACGAAGGGCCUGCAAACUGGAAGUUGUUGCAAGGCCUCACAAGCGUGGGUAUAUCACGGUUGCGUGUAAGGCUGGUCACCAGUGGGUGUGGUGCCAGCGAUGCUGUGACUGUAACUUGGAGUAUAAGGGUUGUACUCAACCGCAACACUGGCUUGAACGUGAUUCAUUUGACACUGGCAAAAGGAAUCAUAUGCAAUGCCAUUCGACUAAUUGCUCCACACCACCGAAGGUUCUUGGAAAGAGGCAGCGUUCAUCGCCAACCUGUGUUGCCACUGCGGAAUCGUCAGCACCGAGGCUGCUUCCAAUCUCGGCAUUGCUCUCAAACGCUUGCAAUGAUGGCAACAAAAUCCCAACGCUUGUAACUCCUGACCUGCAGUUUGAUAAGCAUCUGCAACCGUCUUGCGCCUUGCCACCGUCGACUUACCCUAUCAUGCAACCACUGCAAGAUGCUACUGUUGACUCGAAGAAGAAUGUUUGCAUGCUUGGUCAUUGCAAGUAUGUCGACAGGAAGCAAUCCAAGUUCUGCAUGUGUUCUCUGACCUUGCGAAGUCAUCCUCGCGGAUUGACAAUGAUCUCUUGCUCGGCGGGACACCAAUACGUGUGGUGCCGUCAAUGCUGCAACUGUACGCCCGCUGGAUCAUAUGGAUGUAAAAAUCCAAAUCACUGGCUGGAGCGGGAUAGCUUUGAUACCGGUAAGAGAAAUCACAUGCAGAGACACAUCAAGGAUGAAGUUGACGUGAAACCUCUUCUUGGUCUGUCUUGCACGAAUGACAGUCCGUCGCCAGAACCUUUGCAUGAAAUCGGCGAAGGGAAUGAACUCAAGCGAAUCAAGCUGAUGCCUGAAGAAGUCAAGCUUCCGGCAGUGACCGAACUGCGAGCAUCGUUUGGUUCGCAUGUUUGCUUUGAUGGUCAAAAGCAGGUCGAAUCGUCCGAUGACCUCGCAAGCCAGCUCGGUUCGGUGAACACGACUGCAGCCGUUCUCGCGCUCGUCGCCCUGCAGCAGUCUUUUGCAGUCGAAUGAUGUAGCAUUUUCGCACUUCUUACUUCUAUUAAUCCCUCCAUGUGUGCACACUAAUCUUUGUAUUAUAUUUUGCUUACUUGAGUUGAACUUGUAUUAAAAUGAGAUAUACC